AUGUCUAGCAGAGCUCGCAUCGCUUUGUCUCCGGUUCCUCAGAAUCAUUCCGGCCACGGUGCUUCGGCCGCCGGGCCCAGCAAAAGCGGUCGUUCUACCCAACCCGUCACCGGCAACGACAAGACCAGACAUUCCGGCCUGCGUGCCAGGAUGGCCAAAGCUAGCUCUGCUCUGCUGCAUUCCCCAUCCUUCUCGUCUCACGCUUCCUGUUUCAUCGAGCUGCCACUCGUCACCGCAUCACCUUUCGACACCAUGCCUCUGCCCCAAGCCCGCGCGGGCCUCAAGCGAAAGAAAGCAACCAACGGCGAGCUUGGCAGAGGCAGCCAGAUGGAUAGAGACAGUGCCUCUUCAUCGAAGAGCCUAGAUGCCGCUUCAUCGACUGACGUCCGCCGCAAGAGCUCAUCGACACUUCGUAUUCGCAGGAACAAGGAUCUCAACGUUGUCACUUCGCCCCACCUGCCUCGGGACAAACCGUCGUCAUCUGCAAGCGAACUUUCCGACUGGUCAUCUGUCCUCUCCGUUUCGCCAACAACAUCUCGUGCUCCAUCUUCCAGAACUCAGGAUGCUUCCAAUGUAUUGCAAACCCGUCCCGGCAUCCAGACUCGUCGCUCGAGCCGCAACUCGCUGCAUAGGACGCUCAACGGCAUGACUCUUGAAGACGAGCUGCCGAUUGGGCUUGGCCUAGGCAGGAUCUCCAGAUCCCAGUCUCGCUCCAUGAGCAGGCAGAGCAGCAAUCACACAGCUGGCAGCACGGUCGAGCAAACCUCGCGUGCGAGCUCGCACCGCCUCGUCCGCUCUGAGGCCGCGGCGGACUCGGAUCCUAGCAGCGAGGGAAGCGCGGACAUGGACGACGAGGAAGCAGAGCAUGCACGUCUCGUCUCGACUGCACCCACCUGGCAGCUUCAUCGCCUGCGAAGGGACGAGCUCAUACAGCUCUGCUUCACAUCAGGCGCCUGGGAGAUCACUCCCACCGAAGACGAGCGCGAGCUGCUGACGAAACACGACCUCGUCAAUCAGAUCAUCACUUGCCGUUCCCGUCUUGACCGCUCCCGGUCCAGCAGCCGACAGGCUUCCGCCUCUUCCCACCGACAAUCUUCGACGAGGCGCGGUUCCUCUCGCUCAUAUGAUCAGCGAUCCGAUGACAUCAUCACUGAAGAUGGGGCCGAGAGCGAUGCGCUGUGGAUGGGCUCGUCAACUCGCAAGCCUUCCCAGCGUCUCCUUCGCGGCAUGCCUGUGGCGUCACGCUCCAGCUCGGCAGAUGAUCGCGACGACGAUCUCACAGACGCUUCCAACGAGGCAGGUGGCGAAGAGACCGAAGCGGAGCCUCAGCAUUCUCUCACGCGCCGACGAUCCCAAGGUAAAUCGACGCAUGCCCGCGGCAAGGCGCAGAAUGGCGGGACACUUCGUCGCAUGGACUCGGGUACCUUCGACGACUUUGAGCCGUCUAAGGCAAAUCAGGCACCGCGUCGUCCCUUGCGCGAUCUCAACACCCUGCGUGGCGCCCCAGCUCGUCGUCGACGGAUGAUCAAUGGCAUGGACGCGCUUUCUGCAUCCACCUCGUCUUCUCUCUUUGGAGGACGAAGCUCUCGCGCUUCGAACGCAUCCCAAUCUCCCUUCAAGCACAAACACCAGCUCAACAUGUUCGUCGCUGCCUCGCCCAUCAAGACACGAUCGCGAGCCGCGCGCCUCACCGCGGGCUUGCCAGUCAGACGCACACGAGGGCUUGGUGCUACCGACACGGCCGCACUCGACCCCAUGGCGACACCGAGACUCGGCAAUCGUCAGACGCAGCGAACCAAGAAGUCGGUCAAGGUCAAUGCGGCAAGUCCAAGCAAGGGACACGCACAGGACGAGGACGAGUGGAUGGAGGACCAUUCGUCAGACAGCGACGCGGUGGCUGCGGCCCUGCAAGCUGAGUCCGUCUCUAUGGCACAAGCCCGCGAUCGUGCGGGGUCCCGUAAGACGCUUCGCACGAGGCGCUCGACGGCGGGCUCGGACACUAGCCUCACUUCGCACCAGCCUCGCAGUCGCAGCGCAUCACUUGAAGCGCCGUCGGACGACGCGCACACCACUCUGCAAGAUGAUGACGAUGCCGACAUGGCCACCGAUGACGAUGGCCCCACGCCCACAAAGUUCCGCAAGCUGCGCAACGGCAAGAUGCGUCUGGUUGCCGCUUCAUCCAACGGAGAUGGCGAGCCGUGUGAGAUUCGCCCCUCGCUGAUGGACGACAUCGACAUGGACAGCGCCUCUGAACUCACGGACAUCGCGAGCAGCAGAGCGUCCGAUGACAACGGUCGUGAUAGGCGCUCCAAAUCUCCAGAGAGCGAUGCAGCAGCCUCGGAGAGCAUCGAGGACGCCAUGACGCAACCUUCGUUCUCUUCACUUUCGCGGCUCCGCAAGUCGCAGCUCGAGCAGUUGUGUCACCUCCGGAACAUCGACAUGGACGAGGAUGACAAGAAGGCCAAUUUGAUCAAGAAGCUGCUCGACUGGCAUCAGCUCACUCAGCCCGAGGGCAUCGACCCUGUCGCCGAACCGGAGCAAGGCGAUGACGCCGGCGAUAUGCAGUCGGAUACUUCUGGCGUCACUGCCAUCGCCGAGGACGACGAGGAACAGACCCGGCAGCGUACACCUACGCGAAGGCGAGUCACGAGAGCUGCGAGCAACACACAUCCCGACAUUACCGAUAGCGACCAGCCCUUGCUGUUGCGAGCACGCGGCAAAUUGGUCUCGUCGGAGAAGCUGCCUACGCCUCCGCUCACAUUGCGCAAUGAGGAGGCGCAACCCCCGCAAGUGGGCGACGGCGUCGACGAGCUGAACGGUCUUGACCUGGAGAGCCUCAACCUCACCGACAAGGAGAUCGCUCCCUCCAAGCUGGAGAAGCUCGAAAAGAUCGGCUCGGGCGGCUUCAAGGACGUGUAUGUUGGCAAGUAUCGCAUCUCGAAGACGCGCGUCAACAAGGUGGCCAUCGCCGACAUCCGCGAUCAGCUGACCGAGAUGGACAUCAAGGAGCUCAGCCUGCUGCGUGAUCUGCGCCACGAGAACAUUGUUCGCUUCAUCGGCGUCAGCAUUCCCGAGGACCCUCGCCACGUUCCCUGCAUGAUCGUCAGCGAGCUGUGCUCGAACGGCGAUCUCUUCGACUACAUUCGCAACACUACAGCGCCAAGCGAUGCCGAGGUGUUCCGCAUCCUGCUCGAGACGGCGCGAGGACUCGAGUAUCUGCACACGCGAACGCCUGCCAUCAUCCAUCGCGACUGCAAGUCGACUAACGUGCUGAUCACGCGACGCAAGACGGCCAAAAUCAACGACUUUGGCCUGGCACGGGUCAAGAACACUUCGCGCUCGAUGAUGCGCUCGCUCGUCGGCACGGUCAACUGGCAGGCGGUGGAGCUGUGGACCCCCAAGCCUCACUACAACGAAAAAGUCGACGUGUGGUCGGCAGCCAUGACGUUCUGGGAGGCGCUGCAGUGGCACCAGCCCGAGAAGAAAUAUCCGUUCCAGGGUAUGAACGAGCACCAGAUCUACCAGGACGUCGGGCAGAAGAGGCAGCGUCCUUACACGGGCUUCAUUCGACGUCAAUUUGGCGGCGAGAUCGUCGACUUGCUGGACCGAAUGUGGGAUCAUACACCCAAGAACCGGCCGACGAUGACCGAGGUGUGCACCGAGCUCGAGUCGCUGAUCCAGAUGAAGAAGGAGACGGCUGCAGCUGGUAGCUCGACUCGCAGUGGCAAGGCCUGA